CGUGCUCCGAGUUCCGCGACAGCACUCUGUCCCGUACCUCGUCCAUCUCUUCAAGCAUAGACAAAUAGACAGAUAUGGCGACACGCAAAGUUCUCAUGUUGCACGGGUAUGCUCAAAGCGGUACCAUCUUCAGGAAACGGAUGGGAGCAUUCCGUAAGGCCUGUGGAAAAGAGCUUGACUUGGUCUUCGUGGACGCCCCUCACGUAUUGACGCCCGUCGAUAUGGCCGUCCUCACGUCCCAAUCCCCUGAAUCGUCCCUCGAUAACCUAGGUGCUGCAGAGGCGACCACUGAGACAGACCCCGCGCUCGCCCCGCGUGGCUGGUGGCGAGUGAACGAGGAGCGGACGCAGACGAAUGGGCUUGAAGAGUCCCUUGCCGUGCUGCGCGACUUACUGGCGAAGGACCGCUAUGAUGGAGUAUUUGGGUUUAGUCAGGGUGCCGCCAUGGCAGCUCUUCUUGCGGCCUUGCUCGAGAAGCCAGCGGUCCACCCGCCGUUUUUGGUCAACGGGGAACCACCCCAUCCCCCCUUGCAGUUCUGCGUCGCCGUAGCAGGGUUCCAACCGAAUAGCCCGCUCUGCGAUGCCAUCCUGUUGCCAUCAUAUUCCACACGAACCCUGCACAUCCUCGGGAAGACGGACGUCAUCGUCGUGGAGGAGCGAUCCAAGACGCUGCUGGACAUCUCGAGUAACAAACGUGUCGAAUACCACGACGGGGGUCAUUUCGUCCCCUCCAAGGCGCCAUGGCGAAACUUCAUGCGCAGCUACCUUCGAGAUCCUGCUGGAGACUUGCUUUCCCCGGGCCCUGCAGCACCGUCACAGGAUGCCUCAGGGGCCUCGACCCCAACAACGUCCGGUAGCGCUUCAUGACCGAAGAGAAGCCUUCCGAAACAGAAGGCGGAGCACAGGCUAUUGGCCCGGGGCAGAUCGUGCGGGAACUCAGCAGGCCGGCAUUCGAUCCUUACAUGGCCCGUGCGUAGCUUAUCGCGAUAGAACGCGCAGAUGUGUCCUCCUCUUUGUGGUCACACAGUUGCAGGACUGUCUCGCAGUGUCCACGCCAUGCAUUGAUCAGUUUCAUGUCCGCCUCUGAGAAGGCCAGCCAACUGUUACAGCCACUCGACGAGAGUGGCAUGUCCUGCUUGGGAAGACGCGCAUGCAGCAACCAUCGGAACGUCAUGCUUCUCAAUUCUUUCUGGCCUUCCUCGAAGAUGAAGGCUGGGAACGCGAAGUCUCGACAUCCGCGCGCCGCUCAGACUAUCCCAUGCGAAUCCUAGUUAUCUAAUUCUCGGUUGUAAAUCAACGUUGAAUUGCUAUGCCUGCGUGUUUGGGCGUCA